GAAUGAAGGUUCACCGUCAUACCUGACUGCUUAUUGAUUCCAGCUGAAUAUUUCUUCCUUGUUCUAUGUUUUGCAUAGCUGAAGUUAGCAACAAAGACCACACCACUGUCUGUUUUAUAGAUCAACUCCACUAGCAGUUAAUCACCUUAAAGACAUGAGCGACAGCUACGUAUUAAUAUUCAUAAAUGCUACUGUUGUAGCACUAUUGGCCGUUUACGUAUACCAGAAUGAAAGACGAAUGGAUGAACUGUCCGCCAAGCAUGAUAGAACAGGAAUUACACCCACAGAAAAAACUACGACUGAGGAAGAUACUCGCCCUUUAGAUUGUGGUGACAUUGAUAUCAAACGUGGAAGUGGUGUGUACAAGAUUUACCCCGAGGGAUCAGGACAUAGUGGCUUUAAUGUUUACUGUGAUAUGGAUUCGGAAAAUGUAAACGGCGGUUGGACAGUGUUCCAACGAAGACUUAAUGGUGAAGAAGACUUUUACAGGGGUUGGCGUGAUUAUAAAGAGGGGUUCGGUACUCUUCAGGGUGAACAUUGGCUUGGUAAUGACAAGCUCAAUACUUUGACAUCACAAGCAAAUUAUGAACUCUUGAUUAGGAUGAAAACUUUUGAAAAUGAAAAUGGAUAUGCGAGAUAUAGCGACUUCAAAGUGGGUGACGAGGCCUCUAAAUUUAAAUUACAAUUGUCAACAUUUACUGGAAAUGUAGGAGACUCCCUUAUAAACUCUCAUAAUGAUAUGAAAUUUAGUACAAAAGAUCAGGAUAAUGAUGUUCAUAAAGGAAGUUGUGCUUUAAUGAAUAAAGCCGGAUGGUGGUACAGUAAUUGUCAUGAUUCUAACUUGAAUGGACUUUACCAUGCUGGGAAUCAUACAUCAUAUGCUGACGGGGUGAAUUGGUAUUAUUGGAAAGGCCACAAAUACUCACUGAAGGAGACGACAAUGAUGAUGCGGCAGUUGCACUAAAUCAAUCUUCUGGAAAUGAAAUAAGGAAAAGUUAAAACAAGUUUUUGUUUGGUAUAAGUUAACACAAGUGGUACUAGAAAAAUGUUCAUCCGUGCGUCUCGGGUUCAAUGGAAGGGAAUGAUCAGUUAUACUUUAGUAAAAAUUUUCCCUUCAUGAUUUGCAUGCAGAAAUGUAGGUCAUAAGAUUCGAUUUUUUCCUAUACAAGCGACUGUAUAUUGACAUGAUCGUCUUGAAUUUGGUAAUUUGUGAACACAUACUUUUGUUAUCAUUUAUUGACGCCUUUUCCAUACCUACAUCAAUUUAUUUGAUUUGCUGUUGUAGCCUAUAAUAGCGCAUACAUAUGUGUUUCAAUUUAAUAGCGCUUAAAUUAUGAGGCUAUAUUUUGGGUGCAUUUUAUAAAUAAGAACCAUUCAAAACUGAAAUUCAUGAAAACUUUUGUCUAAUUACCCAUGUGGCUUUGUUUUAAUGCUGUAAUAAAAUGCUGAAAUCUGCAGGAACAGGAAAUCCCACCCAUAUUUCGCUAUGUACUCUUUGGAAAAUGCGCUUUUAAAAUGUCUGCAGAUGCAGGUUACUUUCGACAUUUGAUCGCCUAUUUUUGAAUUACAACGUUUAGAAAAAAUGGAUGAAAUCCAAAUCAAAUUACUUAGAAGGUGGCUAUUAAAUCCGGAAGAACUAUCACGAAAAAUUCACAAGAAACACAAGUGUAUAAUCGAAAAACACAUUUUCACAUGAGAUAAAAGACCUGAAAGUGAAAUAAUGUUGUACCAUCAUGAAUUUGGUAUAUACAGCAUGUGUGUGUUCAAACAUUUAUUUUGAACGCUACAUUCCUAGUGGUGAACAGUGGUGUAAUAAAAAGAUAAAAACAAACUACCCAAAUUAUUUGGAAAAGGCUAGAUUAGUUAGCAAUAAGCGUACCAAUAACUCUUACAAAAAGAAAAUUUUCCUGAAAACUAGCCUAUUACACUUAAUAGAUAACCAUUAUUAUAAGACUGAAUAUCAACAAGUACAAAAAUAUGGCCUUGCAAGCACCACUACAGACAAAGGCAUAGCAAAAUAGAAAAUUAGUUCAUGAAAUAUACACAUCGUCAGAAGGGACAAAGAGAAUAGAACCCACACGAAAUAACAAACUAACAAAUGAACAAAAACAACGAAUGGCGCAUAUUACUUAGUAACCAUUUCAAAAAGUUUCAAAAAAGCUCCCGUUCUAUCAACAAAUAUGCCUAGUUUUUGGGCCACCUGUAGCUUGCUGUUCGGUUUUAGCUAAAGCUUUGUGUUAAAGGCCGUACCUUUACCUGUACAAAAAAAGUGUUAAAUUAAUAUUCACGGUUCAUCGAAGAUGCUAUAUUUCCCUGCUUUACAAUAUUUGGAUUUCUAAAUAUAAUGAUUGUACACCGUCAACUGAUGUUCAACUUAUAGAAAUAGUUCUAUAGAUAUGAGUUUUAGGACGAAAUAUUGGAACA